AUGGUCCGAAUAGCCGCUGACGUUCUGGAAGCUGCAAGGAAUAUCAUCAAUGCUAUACAGCGCCGUGAGAUUGUCCAUAGAUUGGAUAUCGGAAACAGUUCAAUGGGCGAUGAAGGUUGCGUACAGCUUUUCAACUUUCUGGACUCUCCUGCUGGUCGAAGAUGCAAAAACAGCCUCACAGAGCUGUACCUCACGAGGAACGGUAUAGGCGCAAAGGGUCUACUUGCUGUAUCGAAGUUCCUCAAGGACAAUGAUGUGCUCAGGGAACUAUGUUUGUCCGGUAACCCAUUAUCGACUAAUGCGGAUGUCAUCGCACACCUCAACGCGCGGUAUCUGCGUCAACUCGGCCUUUCUGCCACCAAUAUUACCCGCGUCGUGGUCCCUACCAUUAUUGAAUAUGUCACGUCAUCGCGUUGCAGACUGGAUCGAUUGCAGUGCAACGCGAACAGCCUGACACUGCCCGGUGCGCGCGAAAUCAUCAGCGCUAUCGAGCGCGAGAACUACAGCCUUUUCAGGGUUAAUCUCGAUGACCUGCAUAUUGAUGAGCAUGAUGGCGACGGCGAGGAGCGCACUCUUGCGUGGCAAGAGGGUUGGCGGAUCUUAAACGACGCGGCCCAGAGGAACCUAACGAAAAAAAUCUUGGUGAAAAAGCAAGCUGUCGCGCUACUGCUGUACAGCCGUGCAUUAUUCCUUCGGUUGGGCAUGCGGGACCUACAUGGCGGUGCUCCUGACUUUGCUUCUGUUUCCGCCCUCAAUCGGCUUUCCGCAAGUGUCAAGUCAGAUAUCAUUUCCGCGCCCUCGAUGUUCUUCCAACUGCCUAAGGAAAUACAGCAGGAAAUCAUCGCCUUGCUAGCACCGGAUUUAUCUCACCGGCAACGAAUCCGCGUCGUUGCAUUUGCUGCAGAUUUCCGCACCCUCCCACAACUGGAUGAACCUCAUCUUGAAUUAGCAAAUAUGGCACAGCUCCCCGCGUCCAUGCGAGCGGGUCUUAGCCGGCAGGCUGAUACUACCGCCAAAGUACCACACGAAGGCUCGUGGAGACCUCCAGCAUGGUGGGAGUGUGCGUGUCCUGAGGAGAAGCGUAGAAAUUGCCGAACUCUACACCGCUGGGUGAGAGAGAGGCGAGAUGUAUGGCUGACGCGUGUUGGAUGCGACGUUUGGGAACCUGAAUUUGCCAUGCGAGGCGCAGAGCUUUGA